AUGGCGGGCGAAGUGGAAUUCGGUCUAAACGACUUCGUGCCCGUCUCCUACAGUGCGGGCUUUAUUGUUCUUUCAUAUCUUGUCAGUUUAGCCGGAUGUGCAACAUGUUUGGAAUUGCUUCACCGUCGGACCUCUCGAUUCGGCCUUUAUAAUUGGUAUCUCUUGAUUAGUGCCGCAGUGUGUAUGGGAGGCAUCGGGAUUUGGUGUAUGCAUUUUAUCGGCAACAGGGCAACCAUACUUCACCAUGGCGCCAAUUAUCAAAUUUCUUACAGCUCUGCUUUCACGGCAGUGUCGUUUCUAUUACCGAUCGUCGUCCUCAUGAUCGCUUUUUAUUUCAUUGGAGCAAGUGAAAGAGCAGAACUGUGGUAUAUCGUUCUCACAGGUGUUUUGACUGGCGCAGCGGUCUGCGGCAUGCACUACGUUGGACAACUCGGGAUAGCAAAUUACACCUGCAGCUAUAAGCUUCCCAAUGUUAUCGGUGCGGCGGUCAUUGCGGUCGCAGCGAGUAUCACGGCAUUGGGCGUCUUCUUUCGAAUGCGUGCCUCCUGGACAAAUAGCUGGUGGAAACGAGUGAUCAGUGCAACCAUUCUCGCGAUUGCCGUCUCAGGAAUGCAUUGGACGGCUGCAGUUGGCACGCUCUAUCGGGUUAAGAAUGUCUUUCAAGACACUUCAGGCCAGCUUUCGUCAAGUCAAACAGUUAUUGUUUGCACCACUUUGUCUUGCGCCUCGUGUGCAUUUCUUAUAGUACUCGCUGUUCUUACGAAACGACGACAUAAAAAGUCUGCCAAUCGUGUACGCCAACUGGUUCUCGCUUCCGCAUUUUUUGAUUCAUCAGGCAGAGUCAUGGUCUCACCUGAGGGCCUUUUACCAAGCCAAAAGAUCACCAAUCAGUAUAUUGAUCGCACUUUUGCCGACGAUGAAUUCAGCAAAACGCAUCCGGCCUUUAUCUGGGCAUUCAGAGCCAGUCGUAACUGGGCUAUUUUCCGGAAACUCAUCCCCGGAAUGAAAUACCAUCUUCUCUCAGACGCAACCACAAAGGCGUUCUAUCCCGGGAAUAGUGGAGCGGCAGAUGGCCGCGCUGAUAUCGACCUGGAUUUCGAGUCAGUCUUCAAAGAGCUUUUCUGCGUGGCAGCGCAAGAACUUGCAGAUCGACUCCACCAGCCCCUCGAGAAGAUGGGAGAACUAUACGACGAUAUCAUCAUCACAGGGACGCAAUCCGGCGCACAAAAGCAAGGCCUAGAGCGGGACCUUGAAUCCGUAUACAUACCUAAAAUGCUGGGCAAAGGUCAAUUUCUUUUCACUGUCCGACAGCUAAGUAAAGAGGAGGCAGCUCAGCUCUCCGCUACCGGUUGGAGUUUUGCUGCUAGACAGAAUAUAGCCCCGACCCUCGCACGAAGUAUGCAAAUCCCGCCAGAAGACAUGCUGAUCAGCUUGGAAAAUAUGCGGGACUAUAGCGACACCCAGAAGAUGAUGGAACCGGGUGUUCAUCUGAUCUGCUUCUCGCUCCACCCCUCAGUCAGAAAGGGAUUUGAUGUUCUCGUAUGUGAGGAAGCACCGAAUAUCCUACCACAUGUGACUCUACCAAUUAUGUCGGUUUCACAGCGACAAAUAGAUUUCCUGUCUCGCAUGGAUGAUUGGCCUUUGACCCUAUGUUUGAGGUGGCUCAAGCAAACCAGUACAGAGCACGCCGACCCGGAACUAAAAGCAUUUUGUCAGCAUAUGUAUAACGCCAUAGUUGGACUUGCAGACUUGAUUGACAGCCCAGCCUUUGGUGGAGCUAAAUUUUCAGCGCGGCGCAUCAUGAUCCCCUGCCGCUCGACUGGACAAGCUGGCGGAACAGGGAAAUGCACCGCCUUUUCGUUCCGUAUCAUCAACGGCCUACAAUCCCGCACUACAUCCCCUCAACUGUGCCUCACUCCUCUUCGUCUUUUCACAGCGCAACAACAGGUGUAUCCGGGCAUCGUCGACCAUGCAAACUUCCAACAAACCGUCCUUGAAGAAUUCGGCUACUGUGCGGCGUACCAAACCCUCAAAAGCAGAUACACAGGAUCCGCUAAUAUCAGUUCAUCCGUACCAAGCUCUCAAGGCAUACGCCCCGGUCGCAGAAGCGACAUCUCCAAAACUACAACUUCCGAAGCCGAUGAUUCACGCUCGAGUCGAAAUCUUCCCUGGGGAAGUAUCAUGGUUAGCAAUCAAGUGACUGUGGAUAUUGUGGAGCGCCAGCCAUCUCACAGUGACGACAUCGGUGCUGCUUUCGAGAUGCAGCAACUGGGCGUUACCGCCGAGGCUAGCUGGCAUCAUGGCAUUUGUUAG